AUGGCGUCCCCGAUCUUCGCAGUCACCCUCUUCCUCCUCUCCGUCCUAGCCACCUAUUGCUACCUCCUGCAUCCCAUCUUCAUAUCGCCAUUGCGCAAUAUCCCACCAGCCCACUGGAGCGCGCCCAUCUCCCGAUUCUGGAUCCUGUACACACGCCGCCGCCGCAACGAGAACACCACCAUCCAUGCCCUCCACCAACGCCUCGGGCCCCUGGUGCGGCUCGGCCCGAGCGAGAUCUCAGUGAACUGCGUAGACGGCGGCAUACGCACCAUCUACGGCGGCGGCUACGAAAAGGGCGACUGGUACGCCGUGUACAAGAACUACGGCAUGAACAACAUAUUCUCGUCGCUGCCGCACGGCCCGCACAGCGCGAGGAAGCGCACGCUGAGCAACGUGUACGCCAAGUCGACGAUACGGUCCAGCGCGGCGUUCCACGGCAUCACCGAGGUCCUGCUGUGCCACCGGAUGCUUCCGAGGUUGCACGAGGCCUCGGGCAGGGCCGUCGAGGCGUACGAGCUCUUCUCGGGUGUGGCGAUGGACGCUAUCACGGGCUAUUGUUUCGGGUUGAGGCAGUCGAGCAAUUUCAUCGAGGAUUCGGAGCAUUGCAAGCGGUGGGUGGUCGACUACAAGGCCAGGCAGGCGUUCAUAUUCUGGCCGCAGGAGAUGCCGGGUCUCACGGCGUUCGCGAAGGCUUGGGGAGUCAGGCAUUGGCUGGUGCCCAAGUGGGUAGACGUUGCCAACGAUAACAUUGCGUCGUGGGUUUUGGGCCUGUGCGACAAGGCGGAGGAAGCACACGCGGACAGGGAUCGGGUGGAUGCCAGGGACCGGGCGACGGUCUUCAACCAGCUGCGGGGCGUGAUAAAGAAGUCCAAUGGAGACGAGACCGACUCGCCCCUCACCGCGGACGAGAGGCUGGAGAUAGCCUCCGAGCUCCUAGACGAAGUCCUCGCCGGCUUCGACACCACGGGUAUCACCAUGACGUUCCUGGCGUGGCAGCUGUCCAAGCCGGAGCACAAGGGGGUCCAGCAGGCCCUGCGGGAGGAGCUCCGGGAAAAUCAAGCAAUGUACCACCCGAUCAAAGGCGACACAAGCGCUGCUGACAGCCCCGACUUCAAGACCCUCGACAGCCUCCCCAUGCUCCACGCCAUCGUGAUGGAGUCGCUGCGCCUGCACGCCGCCAUCCCGGGCUGCCAGCCACGGAUCACGCCCGAGGGCGCAGAGGUCGGACCCGCGGGGUCGAGCGUCAAGGGCCUGCCCGCCGACGUGCGCGUUAACUCGUACGGGUACUCGCUGCACCUCAACGAGGAUGUGUUCCCCCAGCCAGGGAAGUGGGAGCCGCGGCGGUGGCUCGACGCGCAUGGCGGGAUCGACGGGGGCGGGGAGAAGGCGAGUUGGUUCUGGGCAUUUGGGAGCGGCGGGCGCAUGUGCAUUGGUUCCAAUCUCGCGAUGAUUGACAUGAAGAGCAUCGUGGCUGCUAUCUGGGGCAACUUUGAGACGAGUAUCGUCGAUGAUGCUGGGAUGAUUCCGAAGGGGGGAUACACCUGUGAACCUCUGGGGUCGCCAGAGGGUAAUUAUCUUUUGCUGAACUUCCAGCCACUGCAGAAGGGCAACAUGUAG